AUGACCAACUUCACGAUCCAGAUCAUCUCCGACACCGUCUGUCCUUGGUGCUAUGUCGGCUACCGGCGCCUCUCGCGCGCCAUCAUCGCGCACCAGGCCAACAACCCCAGCGACACAUUCACUCUGACCUGGAAGGCAUUCUACCUCAACCCAGCCUCGCCCGACUUCCCCGGCGCCAACAAGCAAGAGAUGUACAGCGCGAAAUUCGGGGCCGACCGUACAGCCGCGAUCUUCGCACGCCUUGCAUCCGCCGGCGAAGGCGAGGGUAUCACCUUCCGGUUCGGCGGGAACACGGGCAAGACACGCGACUCGCACCGGCUGCUGUGGUAUGCAGGGCAGCAGGAAGAAGCGAAGCGCGAGGCUAAUGCAAGUGCGCCGUCAACGGUGAUCGGCGGGCUGCAGACGCGGGUUGCGGAGAAAUUGUUCCGCGCGUACUUCGAGGACGAGCUGAACAUUACGGAUCCGAGGGUCUUGCUGGAGGCGGGUGUGGGCGCAGGCCUGGAUCGGGAUGAGGUGAAGAAGUUGCUGGAUUCGGAGGAGGGCGGGGCAGAGGUUGAUGCUGAGGCGAAGACGGCGGCCCGGCGACUGGUGACUGGCGUGCCGUUUUUCUCGAUUCAGGGCAGGUACUCGGUGGAAGGGGCCGACGAGCCGGAGACGUUCUUGGAGGUGUUUGAGCGGGUGAAAGAGGAUGAGAAGGCGUAG